AUUUGUGACAACAGACUACUAUUGGCAUUCGGAAUGGUAAAGUUCACCACCAACCAAAUAUUUAUUUUUGCCACCCUUCUUCAGGUGGCAGGAAAAGGUAAUUAUGACUCGCUUUACAAUGUUAAGAAAGAAAGCAGAACGCCGCACUCAUCGUUAUCCGAUGGCAUGCCGACUUUGCGAUGGUAAGCACCCGAUCAGAUUAUGCCCGGUAUAUCGGGCAAAGGCCCCAGAAGAGCGAUUUAGAGAAUCUCUGCUCGGGCGUUUUUGUAGCAACUGUCUGUCAAUGACGCAUCGCGUACAAAGGUGCACCAGCCUGGAUCGAUGCCGUCGAUGCCACGAUAAGCACCAUACCAUAUUGCACAUCGACGAAGAGCCAAUCGACCGAAGACCGUGGAGCCAGCAGGUCGCCAGCGAGGAGGAACGGGAAAACGUUCUGUCAAUUCACGCUUCGGACUCCGGAACGGAUUCCCAAUCCCUCCGCCCUGACAUUGAAGAAGGCGAAAUAAUCGAACCUGUGACGGAAGCAGGCACUAUCCUCCCUAGUUCGACGAGGGGAUCGGAAACGCGGACUUUCCGACUCCGGCAGACGCACAAUAGACGGCAGCGUGGAUCGGAAACACGGAAUUUCCGAUCCCGGCACCGACAGCGCCGUGGAUCGGAAACUCGGUCUUUACGCCCACGAUCCAUUCGAAAGGCGUCUUACCGUCAGGACGAACAGCAAAAGCGCAGUGGAGCGGAAACUCUGUCUUUCCGCCCACGAUUCACAAGAAAAGCGUCUUACCGUCUGGACGAACAUCGACAGCGCCGUGGAGCGGAACCUCGGACUUUCCGCCCACAGCACAUACGCAACGCGAUUUCCAGAUGCAACGGGCAACGGGGUGGACUGGAGACUCGGCCUCUCCAGCUACCCAUCGCAUUAAAAACUGGCCAGGUAACGCUCACCGCGCAGACCUUGAGACCAUUUACGGCAAUUGCCCCCACAGCUGUGGUCAAGGUAGAAUCGGGAGGACGCCUACAUCUUGUACGCACUUUAGUUGAUAUGUGCGCACUAACGUCCGUAAUAGCAGCUGAUCUGGUGCGGAAAUUGGGCCUUGAGGAGAUUGGUCUCGGGAAGCACCGAAGCUGCAUUAUUCGGAUAAGAGGUAAGCAUGGGCAAGGCGCUCGGAUAGCAGUGCACGCAACCGUGGUCGCAAACUAUAGGCAGCUAAGCCCCACAGCUAGCGUUGACCGCUCGAUAGCUACGACAUAUGCCAAUAUUCGGCUGGCAAAUCCAAAUUUUUUCUUAUCCGCUCCGAUCCGCUUGGUCAGAUGGGAGCAGAUGUCUAUCCGUAGAUUAUUCUUCCGGGCACCCUGCCUACCUCCUUCGGUCCUCUCGUGGCACAAAGUAGCAUCUUCGGCUGGCUACUGUCAGGGGCUUGCCGAUCCUGAAUCACUGUCAUGA